CGCCGCCGCAGCAACCGGCAAUAAGCGCAGCGGUUCAUUACUGGCAGGCGGCGGCGGCAGCAGCAGCAGCAGCGCAAAACGACAAAAAGGCGAUGGCGCACUGUUCACCGAAGGGCCCGAGGCAGUAUCACCCGAGGACUACGAGGCGUCGUUCUCGCUCCCCGUCGAGGCGGACGAGCGGCUCAUCGCGGCCACGACGCUGGUCACGAACCGCGCCCCGCUGGUGCUCGCGUUCGCGGUGGAGCUGCUGCGGUACACGAUGCCCGAGCAGCCGCCCUCGAGCCGCCUGAGCCUGGCGCAAGCGGUGGUCAGCGCCAACUCGAGGAGCAAGGCUGUGUCGAUCGGGCUGGAGAAGGGGCUCAGUGCAGACGAGGAGGGCUGGGGUCAUGGCCAGCCGAGAGUGCGUGUGCUGGGGAGGGAGGUCACGGUGCUCAAGAGAGGUGGCUAUACGUGGAAAGGCGAGGAAGACGUCGUGAAGCGGGAAGGUGACGAGCAUCCUUCCGCUAGCGCGGCUUCGAGCGCGACAAUCUCGGGGCACACUCAAGAUUCAGCCACUGCCGCAACCCCGGAACGUCAGGAAGAAGCGACGUGGUCCGCGAGCCAGCCUAUCACCCUGAAAGAGUCGACGUUCAUCGUGCGGGCCAUUCCGCUUACAAAACCAGCCGAGAGAGGCGCCAAGAUGCAAGCCCUCUUCGCCCGGUACCCUGCGCUCAAAGAUGCCUCACACAAUGCCUGGGCGUAUCGAGUCAACACCCCGACGAACCUGUUUGGCGCCACGACGAUCCGAGAAGACUCGUUUGACGACGGCGAGUCCGGGUGCGGGAACUUCCUCAUCAAAAACAUGCGCGAGAUGGAGACGGUGGACAUGCUGGUCGUCAUGACGCGUUGGUAUGGUGGCAUCAUGCUGGGACCCGACAGGUGGCGUAUCAUGCGGGAUUGUCUGAAGGACGCGGUGGCUGGGCGACUGCGUAUCACGGGCCGGGCGGCACAGCAGCAGCUGGGCGGGGAGGCGUUAUGGGGUCUGGAUCUGGAGGCCAUGAAGAGCAAUUCUACUGCAGCGGCAAGUGGCGCGAGAUCGUACGAGGCUGGCGUCGUGGGUAUGCCUAUACAUAGGCCGGAAGCGGCAAUGGCAUACCUGCUCAAGAGCUUUGCAACCCGGAUGGAGGCGGUGGACGAGAAUGAUGAACUUGCGGCACAAGACGGCAGCAAGGGAGAAGAUGGCACCGAGACUACUCCACGGAAGGGCAGCGUGAGCAAGGCAAAGACGACACCAAAGCGUAGAACGACCAAGGCACUGGACCUGGAAAAGCAGGAGAAUGUGGGCAGGUUAUUAGGGGCUCUGAGACUGUUGUUUGACAGCUGGGCGGACCAUCUGAGCAUGGCCGAGCUCGACCGGCGGGCGUGGAACUGGUAUGUCUCCGUGCGGCCAGAGGUGGAGAGCGGGCCGUCCGGUUGGGGCGCAAAGGGCCCCCUCAAGCUGCAGGAUAUCCUCAAUCUGCGACGUCAGGCUGGCAAUUGAACUGGAAGCCGUCACUUUCCCUGAGAGCAGAUAGAUAAUGAUGCCCAUCAUGAAGCAACCUCCAGAUGAUUUGGUCAUAGGCUUGUUUUGGGGGGACGUCAAGCAUGGUGCCGGUCGCUCAUGACGACAUCGGUCCGGACCCGGACCCGGACCCGGACCCGGACCCGGACCCG